AGAAGAAAAAAAAAUUAAAAAUGUCUGGUGGAAGUGCAACAAUAACAGCAGUAACUCGUUUAAAAAAGGAUUAUCAAAAAUUAGUUCGUGAUCCUGUGCCUUAUGCAAUUGCUGCUCCUUUGCCUUCAAAUAUUUUGGAAUGGCAUUAUGUUGUUAUUGGAGCUCCGGAUACUCCUUACGAAGGUGGCUAUUACCAUGGAAAAUUGGUUUUUCCACAAGAUUUUCCUUUUCGACCGCCGUCUAUUUAUAUGCUAACUCCUUCAGGCAGAUUUCAAGUAAAUACAAGAUUGUGUCUGUCAAUAUCAGAUUUUCAUCCAGAUACUUGGAAUCCUUCUUGGUCAGUUAGCACAAUUAUAAUGGGACUCAUUUCCUUUAUGAAUGAAAAUUCGCCAACUCUGGGUUCUUUGCUUACUUCAGAUUAUGAAAGGAGAAUACUUGCUAGGCGCUCUCGAGAAUUUAACCUCAAAAGUCCCCAAUUUUGUGAAGUUUUUUCUGAAUUGGCAGAACAAAUUCGUUGUGAAUUGGAAGAAGAAAGAGCUUUAAAUGCUGAAAAUAAUGGGUCGAACGAAAAUGUAAAUAAUCAAACAACAAGACCAUCCUCUUCAUCAAUUACUGCAAAUUUACUUAUGGUUACUGGUGUGGUUAUUCUCAUUUUUGCUGUUCGUUACGUAGUUAUGAAUGCAACAUCAGCCUAAAACUUGAAGAGAAUAUAAUGAAAAAUUAUACUUUAAAUUCUUU